AUGCUGACCGUGCUCGCCCCUCCAGCCCUGCCGGGGCUCCCGGGGCAGCUGCCCGCGGCCCCCGCGCGACGGCAGGACUCCUCGGAUUCGUCAGGCUCCUACUACACGGCUCCGGGCUCUCCAGGGCCCCCGGACGUUGGGCCGGACGCAGAGGGACGGGCGAGUUGGCUCAUGGUGGCCCCUGCGCCGGGGGCGGGUGCGCAGCCUCGCCUGUCCGUCAGCGCCCAGAAUAGCCGCCAGCAGCACUGGCAGGUCUCGGGUUUCCGGCGAGGCCCGGGCUCCGGCCCGCAGCCACACCAGCCCCAGCUGCGCACGCUGCCGUCGGGGGAGAUGGAAGUCAUCUUCAGCGCCGGGCCCUUGUUUAGCCCCUCCGACGUGACGGAUCGCAAGGUUCAACAGCUUACCGCACGGGCUUUCCGCAGCCUCUCGCCGUCUGAGCCCGCGACUCCCGCCCCUGACCCACCGCAGCCUCAGGCCCCCGACAGUGGCGCCCGCUGGGCCACCCACCUGGAGCUGCGGCCCCGCGGGCCGAGCCCCACGGCACCAACACAGUUCGAGUGUGUGGAGGUGGCGCUGGAGGAGCGCGCCGCGCCUGCCAGGCCCCGGACGGUGCCCAAGCGUCAGAUAGAGCUGCGACCUCGGCCCCAGAGUCCCCCGCGGGCAGCCAGCGCGCAGCGCCCCCCGCUGCUCCUGCGCACCGGCUCCCUGGACGAGUCGCUGGGUCGUCUGCAGGCUGCCGCAGGCCUCGUGCAGACAGCGCUAGCUAGAAAACUGAGCCCGGCGCCCCCCGCCCUAAGUAGCGCCACCUCCGGGCCCACAGGAAGGCGGGAGCUUGUGACCCGGGAAACGGCCUGCGGCGCCAGAGUCCUCUUGGAGGAGGCCAGAUCUCGGCCACCCCGCGUGCACGAUGGUUCCGCCCCCGCCAGGGCCCGAAGACCGUGGCCCAGCCUCCGCGAGCGCGCGAUUCGACGCGAUAAACCUACUCCCGGGACUGAGCCGCUGGGUCCUGUUAGCUCUAGCAUCUUCCUGCAGUCAGAGGAGAAGAUCCAGGAGACGCACCACCGGGAACCCAAGACUCAGUUCCCGCGGGAGACUCCGGCUCCUGCACGGAAUCCGUCCUUCCAGGCUAGGGCCCCCUGGGCCGUGAAGCCAAGGAGCCCGUCCCCGCCGUGGGAUGCUCCGAGUGAGGCCAUGCGGGGUCCUCGCUGCCCGCCUCGCCAGGCCCUGUCCCCGUGGGAUCAGGCUGUCCAGAGGGUGGGGAGCCCUUCAGUUCCCGAAGCUUCUUCCACACGGGAAAAUCGGAAUCCGGCCGUCGAGGAAAUUGUCAGCAGGAGAAGGAGCCCUUCCUCUCCGAGUAUUUCUCAGUGGAAUCAGGAUGUUGCCAGGGCAAGAAGCCCAUCCCUCGAAACUCCUUCCCAGUGGGAGGUUUCGCAUCUGGCAAUCCGGGAUACGGUAGCAGGGAGCAGGAGCCUGUCCCUGCCGGCCUUGCCACCAUGGGAGACUUCAGGUCGUCCUAUCGAGGGGCCGUGGAGCCUAUCGCCCCAUGAGACGUGGGAUCCCACGGUGCAGCGAUCAUCGAUAGUAUCUACGCCAGAAGCUCUGAAUGGAGUAGCUCAGGAGGAGCAGGCACUGUCUACGCUAUCUACACCCAGGACUCCGGAGCUAACAGAGGCGCAAGGUCCGUCCACGCAGGAGAUUCUGGAUCUUGCCUUUCGAGGCAGUCAGCCGUCGCCAGAGUUGGCUGCAUCCGAGCCGCCCCGCAGUCUACUCGUGAGCGCCCUGCACGCUGACGCGCACCCGGAAGCCUCGGGCCCUGAGGAAGCAGCCUCGGGACGCCAGUGCGUGGCCAUUCCACGGCCCCGUGACGUGCGCAAGAUGGUAAGGACCACGUACGCGCCAACUUUCCCGGCAAGAACCCCAGGCUCAGGGCUGCCUGUCUUUCUUGCCGACCCCCACGUGGAGGAGGAAGGCACAUCCAAGUCGCAAGAGCUCGAGGCGCUGGGGUCCCCCGCCCCGGCUCAUUACACUUCCAUCUUUCUCAAGGACUUUCUGCCUGUCGUGCCGCACCCCUACGAGCCCCCAGGGCCAUCCUGCAGUCUCGACACGGUCCCCCAGGACGCCUCGAAGCCCAGUGGGGUCCAGCGGCGGAGGGCAGAAAACAACACAGCGAAACCCUUCGCGCGCACUGAGAUCUGCCUGCCUGGUGCUCUUGCUUUGGGCCACCGACGGAAGACAACCCCAGGAGUCCAAGUGCACGGUCUUGUCAAAGAGAACCGGAACGCCCAGGCCCGGCGCCUCGUCCCCGACGGCGCGGGUCGGACCAGCCCUCCAGGCGGCGCUCGCACAUCACCCCAGCGGUCCCCUAUAGAGCCAGCGGAGACCUACCUUCCUCGGCCACCCCGCCCCAGCUCCCCUCAGGCGCACACCAGUUCAAGCCCAGGGAUAUCCCCCAAAUUGGAGACACCCCUUGCGGCCCACGAGCCCGCGGCUGCUGUCCAACCGCUUGUUCCGCGGGAGACCCAGGGGGCAGGUGGCAGGACAGCCCCUGCCCAGCCUCGCGCUGCCUCGGCGCCCCCCAUGAACCGGCCCCCGGAAGGCCCCCCCCAGGGGGCGCGCAGGCUGCCCGGGGCCGCGCAUCUGGGGAGGGUCCUGGUGGACCCCGAGAGCGGCCGCUACUACUAUGUGGAGGCGCCGCGGCAGCCUCGACUGCGGCUGCUCUUCGACCCGGAGAGCGGGCAGUAUGUGGAGGUGCUGCUGCCACCCUCGCCCCCAGGGCCGCCCCGCCGCGUCUACACCCCGCUGGCCCUGGGGCCCAGCCUCUACCCAUCCUAUGGGCCCAUCUCUGGUCUCUCAUUACCAUCGUCCCCAGGCCUCCCCCAGCUACCCUGGGCCUCUGAGGCGGUGCCACUAGACAGGAUGUACUAUCUGCCAGUGAGUGGGACCCCCAGCCCCGCAUCUCCUCUGCUCCCCUGUGCCCCACCCUCCAGCUCCGGUCCUGCCCAGCAGGGCAAGGACUCUUUGUUCCCCGUGUGA